CCCGGGGCCAGCCGCCUCCCCAGCCCGCCGACCAGUCCCUGGACGGGCUGGGGGCUACUGCUAGCCUCCUCCUACCAGCGCUCGCAAAUCCUGCCCUUACCUAAGCCCGAACCCCCGCCCCGGACCGGCUUCGGCUGUACGCGCCCCGGGAGCAAGAGAAAAGAUCAACGAGACCGAGGGCAUCGGACUUGGCGACCCCGGAAUCCAAAACUCGGGGGCGGCUGGUUCCCCGCAGCGGCAACGGGCAGGAUUUGCUAUCGUGGGAUCCCAUGGCUUUCUUUACUGGACUCUGGGGCCCCUUCACCCGUGUUAGUGGGGCACUCAGCCAUCGCAAUUUCAGCACCACUGGGAGCCUCAGUGCAAUUCAGAAGAUGACACGGGUGCGAGUAGUGGACAACAGUGCCCUGGGGAAUACCCCAUACCAUCGCCCUCCUCGGUGUAUCCAUGUCUACACCAAGAAUGGAGUGGGCAAGGUGGGCGACCGGAUACUGCUGGCCAUCAAGGGGCAGAAGAAAAAGGCACUCAUUGUGGGGCAUCGCAUGCCUGGCCCCCAAAUGACCCCCAGGUUCGACUCCAACAAUGUGGUCCUCAUUGAGGACAAUGGGAACCCUGUGGGGACCCGAAUUAAGACACCCAUUCCCACCAGUCUGCGCCGGAAGGAAGGCGAGUAUUCCAAGGUGCUGGCCAUUGCUCAGAACUUUGUGUGAUCAGAACCCAGGCCUCUAGUUGCAGGAGGCUCACUGAUGAAGCAGUUCUGAGAACCACACCUUUGCUGAGAGGGAACUUGGGAGCCACGUAGCUCCCUUCACACUGGAUAACAGUAACAGUGUUCUGUGAGAGAAUAAACAUUUUCAUGUA